AUGUCCCUACUCGACCUCCACGACGACAUCCUCUUUCUCAUCUUCUCCUACCUUUCCGGCCGCAAUGCCCUGCACAUCUGUCUGUGCGCAAAGCGCGCUUACUACAUCGCCAUUCCUCAAGUGUAUGCAUAUAUCCGCAAAUUCCCGUACACAAUUGCCGAUUUCGCUCAAUGGCGCAACGCUCUCCUCUCCCCGGAGCCCAUCUCAGGAAAACCACGGGCGUCGUUUCUACAUUCCGUGGACUUCAUGAACUCAGUGAACAGGGACGAUCAACCUACCGUCGCUGCCGGGCUAGUCCAGCUGUUUGCCCAAGCCAAGCACAUGCACUCCCUAUGCAUCAACUCCGGAAGUCGACAGGAGCAGAAGCUCCUCACCCUUCCUCAGCUCUGGGAAACACUGGGGACAUUGCAGUCUCUGCGUUCGUUGGAGCUCAGCCUCGUCGGUCCAGUCACGAUGGAGAUGCUGAACUCCCUUCCGAACGCCAGUAGGAUCGAAUCCCUCUCCCUUGAUCAACAAUUCGCAGUUCGUUCCAAGUCACGCUCUUACCCCCCACUAACGGACGUCCUUUCGAGAUUCAGCCGACUACACUCCCUAAAGCUGGGCCUCAAGGAAGACCGUAUUCCUCUGCUUGACCCCUCCGUUACGUCCACGACCGUAAGGGACCACCUGCUCCCUAGCCUACGCAAUCUGGUCAUCGUCGAGCCCUUCUCAUCUGCCAUGAUCGACCUCAUCCCGCUUUGCCCCAAACUGUCCUACGUUUCCUACAUGUCCGCGUCUUCAAAAGAGCGGCCUUAUCGGGAGAUCGUGGCCGGCCUCCCGUGGCCUCCUCUGCGCGACUUCAAAUCCGUCAUGCGCUCGGAAUACCGUCAACCGCCCUCACUCCCACCAUCCCUGCCAGGGCCCAUCCCUCGCCUCAUCAUGGACUACCCCUUCUCAAACGUCGUCCCAUCGGAGGAGGAGGAGGAAGUGUCGGAGUUCAUCCGCUCCAUCCGACCGGGUGCGCCGAAAGCGUUCGACUUCGUCCGCUCCGUCCGACCGGGCGCGCUCGUGCUCGACGUCGCCCUCUCCACCCACUCGGACGGCACUAUUCGGUGGGCCGACGAGCUGCGGAUGGACCCGCCGUUGCGCUCGCUGGAGAUGCGCUUCCGGGCGCCCGGCCAUCAUCUGACGGGGCUGCACGCGGCUCUGCGUGGCCUCCCGCUGCUCUUCCUGGGCGUGCACGUCGUCGAGGAAGACCAGGGCCGCUGGGCCCCCGAGCCCCCCAAGGGCGCCGUCGUGACGCACCUCGAAGUCGCGCUCGCGCUCGACCCGCGGGACUUCUUCAGCGCGCUCCCCACCCUCCGCGUGCUCGGCAUCGGGGACGGGAUCCUCGACCCGUAUGAUGGGGGCUUCGGCCCACCCUUUGCAGUCGUGGAUCCCAAGGACGCAGACGACCCGCGCCCGCGGCGGACGAGGUGGUGGUGGUGCACGGAAGGCGGGCGGGAGAUGUCCGAGAUUUGGAGGGAGGACGCGGAACGCGCGCGCGACAUCAUCGAGCGGCCGGGCUUCGAUCGGGAGCGCAGCCUCGAAGUAGUGGAGACGACGGAUCGCAAUGCUAAACCUGGCGUAGGCGAAAAACGUACUUGUUCAUGA